CGUACCUCCAGGCUCAUCAGAGCUUCCUUCCCGUCGUCGACUAAGACGGGACGAAUUGUCUUAAGCAAACAUAAAAGCCAUUGAUGCCCAUCGUUGCCGAGCCGUAACCCCUUGAGGCCCCUCUUCCCAUCCGCAUCACCAGCAGCACUCCAGACCUGAAUUCGUUUGUGCUCUUUUAUAGCACCCAUCCACCUCGCACACCCUCGCAGCUUACUCUCUCGCCGAGCAUCAUGUAUUCCAAGACCAUCAUCGCCGCCCUGGCGCCCUUGGCGCUCGUCGCGCGUGCCAGCGUCGACUUUGACAUGGACGACGUCCCGAACUCGUGCGCGACCAUCUGCCGCCCAAUUGGUACGCUCUCGGACCGCUGCGACACGGACCUGCGUAGCGACAUCGACCGCGACGAGAAGCUCCUCGAGGCGCAGUGCGUCUGCACCAACCGCAGCUUCGACGUGGCCAAGAUCGCCGCCCUGUGUGCCGACUGCAUGCACCAGAGCGCCAAUGGCAAGAGGAGGCGCGAUGAUGACAACAACCGCGCCGACCGGGACGACCUCAAGGACAUCGACAACAUCAUGUCGACGUGCGGCUUCACCAGCACAAAGUACAACCCGUCCGCCACGGGCGAGGUCCAGAGCAUCACCGUCGCCGCCACCGCAGCGACCGACAUCAGCCAGCUCACCACAACCUUGACGGGUGGCAGCCAGCCCGCGCAAACGUCGGCCAGCGGAUCCAAGACUGCGUCGGCAGUGACUCAGACGACGACCAUGACCAGCGGCAGCAGCACCAUCACUAGCACCAGGACCAGCAGCGGCACGCAGGCGUCCGCGUCAUCGUCGACCAGCACUGCGGCAGCGGCGGCGGCUACGCGAGCCCCGAUGAUGGUGUACGUGGCUGGCGCGGCUGUCGCCGGUGGCCUCAUGCUGUAAUUGAUUGGACGGCGUUGCCCAGACUUUACAACAAGGGAUGAUGAGGGGCGAGCUUGGCGUUGAUGCGAGACAGAUUGUGGAGAG